CGGGUCUUUGUCGACAACACGUACAUAUUUCCAUUCGUGACGUAUAUAUAGUAUACAUAUAUAAUUGCGCGGGGAUAUUUUGUUUUUUUUUUUGGUGAAAAAUAGUGAGAAAGUUUUUUUGAAAUUUUAGCUCUAAAAUUAGUCAAUGUUUCUAAAAUGUGGAUGUAUCGGUUAUAUCUGAUAACUACAGCUCUCUACUGGAAUCUUUCAGAUAGAACAGGGCAGGCUUUUGAUAUACGAAAAUGCAACGAAGCACUCGGUAUGGAAUCAGGAUCAAUAUCAGAUGAUUCAAUUACUGCCAGCUCGUCAUACGUCUCCAAUGUCGGACCUAAAAACGGAAGGCUUCGUGUAGAGAAAGCUGGCGGAGGCUGGUGCCCCAAACAGCCAAUCGAAAAAGGCGUAAGAGAAUUCAUUGAAAUAGACCUUAAAGAAGUUCAUGUAAUCACUGGAGUGCAAACUCAGGGCAGAUAUGAUAGAGGCAGGGGCCAAGAGUAUGUGGAGGAGUACCUUUUAGAGUACUGGAGACCUGGAUUGGAAGAAUGGAAAGAGUAUAAGCGAUGGGAUGGAAAACACAUUUUACGUGGAAACAGUGAUACCGCUUCAGUAGAAAUGCAUAAACUGAUGCCCACCAUUUUUGCCAGCAAAAUUCGUCUUCUGCCCUACAGUAUCCACAGAAGAACGGUUUGCCUAAGAAUGGAGUUGCUGGGUUGUGUAUAUGCAGGAGGUAUCAUAGCUUACACAGCUCCAGUAAGCGAAGACCUUCAGGGACUCUAUGACGCUAGCUAUGAUGGCCAUAGAUCCCAAGGGAUGCUGUCCAAAGGUCUUGGUAGGCUUGUGGAUGGAGAAGUUGGCUUGGAUAACUUUAGACUGGACAUCGGUUAUGGAAAAGGAAAUGGUUGGGUUGCUUGGAAAAACUCCUCAUUUGACACAGGAUAUCUUGAGCUAAUUUUUGAAUUUGAUCAAAUAAGAAACUUCACCUCCAUGCAUCUCUUUACAAACAACUUCUUUUCGAGAAAUGUUCAGGUCUUCUCGAAGGCGAAAAUCCUGUUUAGUAUAGGAGGGAAAUUUUACAAUGGUGCCAUUUUGUCAUUUUCCUAUAUGCCGGAUAAAGUUCUGGAGAAUGCCAGGAACGUUUCGAUUAAUCUGCAUUAUCGAAUUGCCCGCUUUGUGAAGGUUCGGCUGUAUUUUGCUGACCAGUAUAUAAUGUUAAGCGAAGUGCUUUUUGAAUCAGUGCCCAUUUUCCUGAACAUAACCGAAGAAGAAGACCUGGAUUUGCAAGAGAACGAGGUUAUCAUCACCUCGAACGGCGAUAAAAUGCCCAAGACAUUCGAAACAAUUGCCGCCAAGAAAACGAGUGAUGCUUACGUGGAAGUCAUUAUAGGAGUAUUGACGGCAAUCAUGUUACUACUCUUAGUUGUUUUCUUAGUCAUUUUAAUUAUUAAUAAGAGACACAAAUUGCAAGGAUCGCCCACCUUAUUCAGGAAUCCUUUUGGAAUGAAAAUAAAUAUGAAGGACCUACUUAUGAACUUCUCUUCAUCGAGUGGGCAAAACAAUGCUAAUCAAAGCAUUCCAAUUACCCCAAUAAGUCACCCAGAUAGCCUCUUGGAGCCCGUCACUCCCAUGACCUAUGAGGAAUAUAGAAACUCCUUACAGCAAGGUGGAAACUUUUAUCCUACAAAUUAUACUACACUCAGAUGUUCCAGCACGAUAGAGCCGCCACCGAUUUACUCUUCUGAUAUGGGAGAUGAGGAAGAGGAAAUCCCUCCUGAAGUUCCUCCGCUACCUGACUCGCCUGAGUUGCAAAAUUCGAUAACUCCUUUAAAUAACCAUAAUGCUAUGCCAGUAAAUUACAGAAGCUUACAAAGUACCCCAACUUUAAAUUCGAACUCGAAAGGGAUGAAUUUUGGAAACUACUUACCUAGAGAAAAUGGCGGAGAUAGAGGGAAGAAGUUUUAUACCGCGCCUAGAGAAAAACACAGGGUAUCCCCACCAAUAGUUUGUUGGAAUAUUGUACCGAGCAUGGGGCAACCAUAUUCUAACAAAGAGGUGGAGCUGGUGUCGAUUCCUAGAUACUGCCUCAGACCCGUUGAAAAGCUGGGAUCUUGCCCUGCUGGUGGGCUCUCCUUGUAUGAAAUUGAAAACCUGUAUGACGUACUUCCGGAUACCUCGCGACUCGUGGCUGUAAGAACCUCGAAUCCUGAUAAAUUUCAAGGGGAUGCGAUGGAAUGUCUUCGGGAAAUACGAUUGUUGGCUGGUUUAAAUGAUGCAAAUAUUUGUCGAGUAUUGGGGGUAUGUGCUGCAGAGCAACCACCAUGGACGAUAAUAGAGUAUGGAGAAAUGGGGGAUUUAGCACAGUAUUUGCAGUUUCUAGUAAACAGAAAUGGCAGUAUUAGGCCAUCAGAGGAUCAACCCAUUAGUACUGCUAGUCUAAUCUACAUGGCGACACAAAUAGCAUCAGCCAUGAAAUAUUUAGAAUCGAAAAAUGUUGUCCAUAAAGAUUUAGCUGCCAGAAACUGCUUAGUAGGACGAGGUUACAUCAUUAAAAUAACCGACAUUGCUAUGGCCAAGCCCCAAUAUAGAAAAGAAUAUGCAGAAAUUGGCGGACGACCUCCUGCCCCAUUAAGAUGGCUACCUUGGGAGAGCAUCUUACUAGACCGGUAUUCUUGUUCCAGUACAGUAUGGGCUUUCGCUGUCACACUUUGGGAAAUUUUGAACUUCUGUUGCGAGCGGCCUUUUGGCAACUUAAGCAAUGAGAAAGUUAUUCAAAAUGCAGAACAUAUGUACUAUGGUGGUGAACUUCAGGUGAUGCUGAGUAAACCUCCUCACUGCACCACCGAUAUCUAUGACCUGAUGUGCAGUUGUUGGAGCAGAGACGAUACGGAUCGACCCACAUUUAAAUCGAUUUACUCAUUUUUGAAAAGGAUCAAUAAGGAUUACGUUCCUACUGAUUAAAAAAGUUCUUACUAUAGGAAAUCUUCUCAAAAGUCUGACUUUAUAUAGUAAUUUUUGGCUCUAAGUGAAUUCUAUCGAACGCUUAAUUAUUAUAGUGAUAACAUAGGAUCAUGACUUGAUUACAUAUCUUUGAUUAUCAUAUGUAUAUACAGUGGUUUUUUUUGUUAUACAUAGUUGACAUAGAACUUUAGGCCUAAUUGUAUAAAAGAAAAAAACUGUAAUGCUCACAAAAAUAGAUGUGAUAUCCGAUUAUUAAAAUUUCUCUGUAAAUACCGGGAAGAAAUUAGUUUACCUAAAGUUUAAGGUCAUCAAAUGUCAUAUCUUUCUCUAAUUCUCUAUUUUUGAAUCAUUAAUCUAUGAAAAGAAAAGAAUUUUAUAGUGGUGUAUUCAAAAGGUCACAGUAUAGAUUUACUAGAUACUCAACAGCGAUUUGAUUUAUCAGCUUGUAACAGUUGUAACCAAUACCAGAUUUGUUUUUGUCUUUAAAUACGAUAACCUAUAUAGCAGGAGUUCAGAAGUUUUAUUAAUACAAAAUCGGUAAAAAAAAUGUUUUUCCUCAAUAUAUGAAAUCAGCAGUGAUUUUCAAUAUUCAGUAAACCAUGCUAAUCUAAGCAGCAAUUUGAUUUAACGGCUUGUAACCAGUAAAAAAUGUGUUCUUUGGAUUUAAUAACAUAUUAGCCAGUGAGUUAUAAGGGAUUUACUAAUCCAAAAUUAUUGAAAAAAAAAAUUUUUUUUUUAUAAUGCGAAAAAAAAAUAAUUUUUUUUUGCAUUAUAUGACAUAUUUUUUCUCAGCAGUGAUUUUAAAUAUUCAUUUAACCAUAAGAAGAACCUGUCUGCAGGGUAUAGCAAGAUGUUGUCGGGAAAUUUAAAUUUCUUUUUUUGUUCCGGUGUUGCUGUUGUUCUAGUUUUGGUAUUGUUAUAAUAUUUUAUUCAAUGAGGGUAUUUACUAUCUGACUGCGACAUGCGUAUUAAAUAUUAAAAAAAAUUAAAUUUUAUUAUAAAUAUAUAAAAAUAUAAUUCACUCUUUUGUGUUAUUUAAACUGUUAAAAAAACUAUCGAAAUUAUAUUUUCAGUAAAGUAUAUAAUUAGGUUCUUAUCAUUCGUCUAAUUUUUUUAUUAAUUUAUUUAAUUCUAGAAUUUGUGGGCUUUAUGGGCAUACAUAUAAGAAUGUCGUCAUGUAAUAAUUUGGUAUUUGCUUAUGAUUUAACAUUGUACAGAAGAAUUAAUAGUCUUGAUGAUAAUGUUUUUCUAUACAAAAAAUUAACAAAUAUCCUGCAUGAACUGUGUAACCAAUAAACUGGAAUUAAAUAUUUCUAAGUGUAAAGUGGUGACAUUUACUCCAAACAGUAAAUCACUGUUUUACAAUUAUAAUAUUGAUCAUGAAAAUCUAGUGCAUUACAAAAGUAUAAGGGACUUAGGUGUCACCUUUGAUACUCAAUUUCUUUUUUUCUCAACUUUUAUUCCACACAUUCAAUCAAUUGCAUCAUUGUAUUGCUGCCCAAGAAGAUUUAAGUUAUUGCAAUUUAGACAGAGUGGUGCUUAUCCGCAAAGGGGAAUUGAUAAUACUAUUUUGCUACGACAGUUUAACAUUAAUUGACUGGACUUCAGAACAUCACUUAUAUCUCUUAAUUUUCUUCAUAAACCUCUCCAUAACGAGGUUGAUUCUUCUUAUUUAGUAUCGAUGUUAGACUUUUGGAUACCACGCAUGAAAACGCGACUUUCCACAACCUUCUGUAAUAGGGCUUCUAGAACGAAGAAAAUCUCCCUUUUUUAUAAUGAUUACAAAUUUUAACAUAAUUCUGUAAUAUUCGGUCAAUCUCUAGAUUAUGCAUAAUUUUGGUUUUGCAUUGUAUUUUUUUUUCUUUUUUUUGGUAUUUUAUUUCUUAUUAGUUAUACUCUCAUAGAUUAAAUAUUGUUCUGUAAUUGGUGUUUACUAGUGAACAAUAAAUAAAUAAAUAAUUAUCUCCCCAGUGAUUUUAAAUAUUCACUAACCUAUGUUCUUCUCAACAUUAUUUUGAUUAAUAUUCAUAUUUAUCGAAAAAACCUCUGCAGUGAUUUAAAAAGAUUCAGCGAUGCAAUAUAAUUAUAAUUUAUUGGGUUAAAUAAGGGUAACA